GCCUGAUGACCUUGACCGCCAUUUUUAUUUGAAAGACCGGCGAUGUUGCGAGUAACAAAAUCAGCUGUCAAACUUCGUCAUAUCUGCCCAAGACAUCAGGCACAGAACAAGUUAUGUACUAAACCACCUGAGAAACCAAGCGAGGCUCCCAAAGUAGUUAAGAAUGAAGCAGCAGCUAAACCCACUCGUGUCACCCCUCCACCUGUUGUCCCUCCUACUCCAGAGGUUCAAGUACCACCACCAAGGGGAGGAGGAGGCAGGUUCUUCAAAUUACUAGGAGCCACAGUGAUGCUUGGUGUCCCUGGGGCUGUAGCCUAUGCAUGGUACGAUCAGAACUUCCGCAAAAUGAUAUCUACUGUACCAUAUGUCAUGGAACCUCUAGACGCUAUAUUAAAUCAGCUUCCACCCAGGGAGACUGUAGAAACGCCUAAACCAAAGCCAUUGAAAGAAAUAGCUCCAAUAUUGAAGAAGGACAGCCAAGAAGCAAGUAAGGCUAAAGCUAUCAAGAUACCAGACCCAGAGCCUGAAAAAACAGAGAAACCAGUGGAAAAGAAAGAGAAAACCAGAGAGGAGCUAAAGGCAGAGGCUGCGGCAAAGAAAAAGGAAGAACAGUUGAAGAAGCAGAGAGAGAAAGAUGAGAUUGCCAGGAAGAUAAAAGAGAAGGAGGCCGAGGAUGCCGCAGAAAAUGCAGCACUGGAGCACAUCCUGAAAGAUAUGUCCGAGCAGUGCCAGGCUGCCAUGGAUAAGGCCCUUGCUGCACAGAUUGCAGCCAUAGAAGCAGUCAAGAUGCAUACCCAACAGAUAAGACAUGCCAUGGAUGCUAAGGAGUCUGACCAAGAGGCAGAAUGGAAGCAAGUUACAAGCUCUAAUGAUAAUAAAGUCACUGCUCUAGAAGCUGCCUUGGAGACAACUAACUCUACUAGGGAGGUACUUGAAAAGUUGAAGCAUGCCAUAGACGAAGCCAAGAGUAAUGACGUCACUAAAAGAAACAGAGAACUUUAUACAAAUGAGAAGUUCCUCAAUAAGAUAAGCUACGAACUUGAUAAAAGUGUCACCAAGGUUAAGAAAGCCGAAUCUGAGGCAAAUGCUAUGAAAGAAUUUCGCAAUCUGGUGGCUUUGGGGAAAAAGCAGUUCCAGAAAGAGCUAGAGAGCAUUACUCCUGAUGUCAAAGUGGGCGGAAAAGGUAAACUGUCUGAGGAUGAGCUGAACUCUCUUAUUGCACAUGCACAUCGCAGAAUAGAACAACUCCAGAGACAACUCAUAGAGCAACAGGUGUUGGAGAACCAACGUUUAGAUGCUGCCAUGGAGAAGCAGCAAGUCAUAGAUGAAGGGAUUGCUGAUGAGAGAGUCAUACAAGAACUUGAGAACCAGAGGAGAAUGUUUGACAAUGAGAAACUGAAAUGGGAUGCUGAGGCUCAAUUCAGGUAUGAACAAGAGAUACGCCAACAGCUGGCCAGACAGGCUGCUGCUCAUAGUGAUCACCUGGCUGAUGUCCUGCGUGUUCAACGCCAAGAGCUAGAGGACCAGUUCAAUGAUGACCUCAAAGCAGGAAUCAUCGCUGAGAAGGACAGGUUGGCUGCUGAGAUUGCUGGCUGGAUCGCUAGGCUCAAAGGCAUUGAGUCUGCAGUAGAAGCUCGUGCAGAGCUAGAGCUGCAGGGACGCAAGGCGCAGGAAUUGUGGUUGGCGUGUCAGACACUUCAGGCUGUUAUUCGUGAUGGCAAGAGUGGCUAUUCGUGGGAGGAGCAAAUGAAGCCUUUAGCCAAUGAACUUAUGGCUAUUAAAGAGGCUGGAGUUGAUAAUCCGUUUGUGACCCUCAUGAUUGACACCAUGCCGGACGAGGCUAAGAUAAGGGGUGUGUGGACGGAGGAGUCCCUCCGUGAGCGCUUCUUGAAUGUAAAACGUGUCUGCAAACGAGUAGCAAUGAUAGACGAAACAGGAGGAACUCUAUUUAAAUUUUUCGUAUCUUGGCUUCAGUCAUUUUUCGUCAUAGAUGCUGCUAAGAUUCUCUCAAGUGAUGAAAUAGACAUUGUAAAACUGGACACUUUUGCCAUACUUGCUAACGCUGACUACUGGCUGAGAAAGGGAGACGUUGAACAGGCCGUUCGCUUCAUGAACCAGCUAACAGGGGAGUCCAGGAGAGCAGCCACUGAUUGGAUAAACGAAGCCAGACUCCUUUUAGAAACGAAACAAUGUGCAGACGCCUUGUUUUCACAUGCGUCAGCAAGUGGACUAGGAUCUUUAUUUUAGGAAAUUAUUUAAUUUAGGAUCUAGGUUGUUAUGGUGAUGGAGUUAUUAAGGUAGAGACACAGUAUGCAUAGUUGUUUUCACAUUCUGAAUAUAGAAAGUGUAUGUUAUGCGAAAUAGCUAUUUUUGAAAAUAUUGUAGAUUGUGAUUUCUGGAUUUCAAUUGUGUUUACAAUGUUUCUAGAUCAUCAUGCAGUAUAUUUCAAUAAAGGGCCUUUAAGACCAUCAUUGCCAAAGAAUCAUAAUUUCACUGCCAAACCUUUAUUGUUUACUAUUUAAUAGUGCAAAAUUGUAUCCUGUUAUAACCAAACCCAACAAGUAUUCUGUUCCCACAUUUUGCCCCUAUAACUCUUACUGAGUGCAAACCAUGUUGUUUUGACUUUGACUUGGUUCACAUUAUGACUAGAGAUUUUUAAUGUCAGCAGACAAGUGGCCAUAAAAAGCCUUUAGUAAACAAUAAAUGUUGUCACCUUCAUCCUUUCUUAGGCCAGUAAUUAAAACGUUGAUUUUAACAUCCGUACAAGUGCCAAGCACCAAGUUAUUGAAUUAUGAAAUAAUUUAUGAGUCAGAAUAAUGAUUGUGCACCAUAUUUGCAUGUGUGUGCCAUUAUGUAAACCAUUGCUUUCUUAUGGAGAAAA